UAGAUACAAAAAAUAAUUGCACCCUAAGUACAAUAUCUUCAACCUGCAAUAUGUUGAGGUUCAUCUUUCUUUGUGUUAUUGUUGCUUGUUUUCUACCACAAGAAAGCAUAAGUGGAACUGUAAAACGGAAACGUCAGGCGGGCACAGCUUCGAUGCUGAGUGAUUAUUCGUACGGUUCAGGAGAAGAUUAUUAUCACUAUCCCGACGCUUUUCCAACCACCCUUUACUUUUAUAUCACAUACGGAAAACAGUUCGAUGUCGAUUUACUGUCCACCGAGUCAUCUGCAUUUAGAAAAGAAGCUAAACGAGUAGCUCGAUCAAUGGUGACUCAAAUUGCAAGAAACAUUGGGUUGAUUUCUGAGGACGUCACUGUAGAAGUUAUAUCAUUUGCUAAAGGAUCUACAAAAGCCGAAAUUGCCGUCAAAAUACCUGGUGAUUAUCAAAUAACAGAAGAAGAAUUAUCAAAAGCAGUUAAUGACGUUGCAACUGAUGGUGGGACUGUGGCUGGGAGCGCAAUAUUGGGCAUUGAGGAAAUUAAACUCUCAAUGACAGACGAUCCAGAUUAUGGUAUUACAGAUUCUCCAGACUAUAGUCCCACAGAAACUAUAAUCCUGGAUAUCGAAAUUACAUAUGAAUAUGACAGUUCAUCUACUGAUUUGAGCGAUAUCGAUUCUGAAGAUUUCAAGGCAGAAGCAUUGACUGUUCAACAAGAGCUUACUUUGCAUCUUGUUGGUAAACUAGCAUCACAAGGAAUACUUGUUACUCCUCCAAACGAGUUAGACAUUAAGAUAAAUAGUUUGCGUAGUGUGGGAAGUGAGACGCAAGUUGCUCUGACAAUAGAAGCUCAAACUGUUUCAAUUGAGCAACUCAAUGGAGCAUUGGAGUCAUUGGUAACUGAUGACGAUGUUGGAAUCAAUGGAAGGGCAAUCACGUCUAUAGAGGAGGUGUCAAGAUCAGUAGCCUAUAUUUAUGAUGACGGGGAUGAGAUGCCACCCAUGGAUAUGGAAGUUAUGGGGCCUCAUGACUACGCAGACGACUUACUGAAUGGAGAAAGAGUUCCUCCAGAUGACAAUACUCUCAUUCCUCCAAUUGACUCAGAAGUUAUGUUCCCAAAAGAUACAGACGAUAUUCUGAAUGGUGGUGAUUCAUUGAAUGGAAAUGAUUACGAACCUGUACCGGAUUAUGGCAAUUAUACAGCGCCAUCUACUGGAGAAAGACUUCCUCCUGAUGCGUCAGUAACAUGCCCAUCCAUCAUUGCACCAGAGCGUGGCGUAAUGGAAUGUCUAAACGGGAAUGGCAUUGGAUCUAUUUGCCUCUUUACGUGUGAUGAGGACACAAAUAUGGAGGGUAGUGAUUCGAUUAUAUGUGACGCUGAUGGAGCCUGGAGUGCAGAUGUGCCAUAUUGCGUCCGAAUAUAUUGUCAACCUCACCACAUUACUCUUGACAACGGAGGUGUAGAUUGCACCGACAGUAAUACUUUUCAAUCGGUUUGCAUGUUUACAUGCAACGAUAGACACACGAUGACUGGAAGUAAAUCUGUUAUUUGCCAGAAAAAUGAAUCCUGGUCAGAUCCAGCACCUAUGUGUGAGCCAGAUCCCGUAAACUGCGAAGAAGAGUAUGGUGAUUGGUCUGCUUGUGAAAACGGAAAACGUAUUAAAGAAAGUGUCAUGAUUUCGUCGUCAUCAACAUCAGUCGUGUGCCCUGAAAUUGUGGAAGAUUGCAUCAACUGUGAACUUGACUGGGGUCCUUGGGAAGAAUGUGAUGAUGGAGUGAGAUCACGCACUCAGUACGUACUGAAGGAGAAAGUAGGGGCUGGAGAGGACUGCCCGGAACCAAAAGUGUCACAGCAACAAUGCUUCGAUUGUGUUAUUGAGUGGGGAGAGUGGUCAACAUGUUCAGGAGGGACUAGAACUCGAUCACAGUAUGUGAAAGUGACACCUGUAGGAGGUUCUGAAUGUCCACCUCGAGAGACGGAAACACAAGAUUGUGUCGAUUGUGUCGUUGAAUGGUCUGAAUGGUCCGAUUGCUACAAGGGUGAAGCGGCGAGAACGCAAUACAUAACACAAGCUGCGGCCAACGGAGGAAAAGAAUGUCCGUUAUUAGAACUUGAAAAAGAGAAAUGUACAGACUGUGUUGAGGGAUGGGGUGAAUGGAGCACAUGUACAGAUAACGUCAGCAUAAGACAAGAGAUUAUUCUUGUUGAACCUGAAGGAAGAGGAAAACAAUGUUCUGAACUUCUUCAGUCGGAAGAACAAGAAUGCAGGAAUUGUGAAGUUGCUUGGUCUGACUGGAGCGAAUGUGAGGCAGGUGCGAGAAGCCGACAACUUGAAAUUAUAUCUCCGGCGAUUGGAAACGGAGCUCAGUGUCCUCCUGGAUUAGACGAAGAAACUGAAGAAUGCGUACAUUGCGAAAUGGAGUGGGGAGAUUGGGGAGAAUGCAUAGAAGGUCAACGCCAGAGAACUGAAGUUAUAGUUGUUGAACCAAGAGGAGCAGGAGAUCCCUGUCGUUCACCAAAUUCUGAUUCUAAGAGUUGUGCCAAAUGCGAGAUAUCAUGGGGAGAUUGGACAGUAUGUGAGAAUCAAAAGAGGGAAAGAAAACAGUUCAUCAGUCAAGCACCUUUUGAAGUUGAAGAACCAUGCCCCGAACUUGAUACUGAAGAGGAAGCGUGUAUUGACUGUGUAUCUUCCUGGGGUCCGUGGGGCGAAUGCUUGAAUGGACUACAAGAGAGAACUUUGAUUAUUGAAGAAGAUCCAGUAGGUGCAGGAGAAGCUUGCCCAGAAGAGAAUUAUGAAGUUCAAGAGUGCUGCUUCUAUGAGUGGGGUGAAUGGAGCGAGUGCGAAAACGGCGAUAGAACUCGAAAUGAACAAAUUGUUGUCCAACCACAAGGGGAAACUUGUCCACCAGGGAAACAGGAAUUUGAAUCAUGCGUUGACUGCAUUGUGGAAUGGGGACCUUGGGGUGAAGAAUGUAUAGAUAACACCGUGUUUAGAUACCAAUUCAUAAAGCAAGCCCCAGUUGGAGCCGGAGAUAUUUGCCCUGAGCUGCAAAUUGAAGCUGACUUGUGCGCCAAUUGUGAGGUAGAGUGGGAGCAAUGGAGUGAGUGCGUUGAUAAUUACAGAGAGCGAUCUCAAGUCAUACUUGUGGAACAAGUAGGAGCAGGAAGCCCAUGUCCAGACUUGGAAUUUGAAACCCAAGAAUGCGCUAACUGCGAAGUCGAAUGGUCAGAGUGGAGCGAAUGUGGAAAUGGAAAAAGAAGUCGAACACAGAAUAUUGUUGUAUCAGGGUACGGAGGAGGAAAUCCAUGCCCAGCUUUGCAAGAUGAAGAGGAAGACUGUGUCGACUGCGUUGUGGAUUGGAGAGAAUGGUCAAAAUGCGAAAGUGGUUCACGAAUACGGGAAAUGUACAUCAAAGUAGCUCACGUUGGCUACGGAGCGGAAUGUCCACCCUUGGACGCACAACAGGAAGUUUGUGCAAAUUGCGAAGUUGAUUGGUGGGAAUGGAGUGAAUGUAGCAACAACAUGAGAUCGAGAAGACAAUAUGUUGCUGUUGAGGCAUUCGGUGGGGGAGAAUCAUGUCCUGAAUUAGAAACAGAAGAGGAAGCUUGCAUUGACUGUGGUGUUGAAUGGGGACCAUGGACUGAUUGCUUCGGUGAAUUAAGGACAAGGAGGCAGGAAAUAGUCGUUCCUCUUGUUGGAGCUGGAAGAGAAUGUCCACCACUAGAAUCUGAGACUGAAGCUUGCAUCGUUCCUGGAUCCAAAAAAGCACUGGAGAAAACUAUUUGCAGAUUUACUGAAGAAGUUCUUGGUUACAAGAAAAAUCAUCGAAAGCGUGAUCUUCUUCUGAUUGGAGAUGAAUCAGGAAGUAUUGGUUGGGUGAACUUUGCCAAGAUCAAAGAAAACUUCAAAGCGAUCGCCCGAAAUAUUAGAGGUGGAAUUGGAUCGGAAGAAACUCAGUUGGCAAUGACUUCAUUUGCUCGUUUUAGUCGCACUUUAUUUGAUUUUGACGAUUUUGAUAAUGCUAUUGAUGUCGUUGCUGCAAUUGAUGAAGCUUAUUUCCUCGGUGGAUAUAGAUCCAGAAUAGGAGAUGCACUAGAAGAUGCCAACCGUUGGCUUUUCCAGCAGACUGGAGGAAUGCGAAGCUUUCCCAAUAUUGACGACAGCAUCGAACACGAGCUUCUGAUUGCAACUGACGGAUGUCGUACCGCUGAUAAGUAUAUGCUGCAAGACGGACUGAAAACAAUCAAGAAACGUGGAAUAAAGCUGUACGUAUUGGGAAUUGAGUCGAAGGAUAAGCGUUGUGCCGAAACAGUAGAGUCAAUGGUGGAAGACAAAAAUAACCUGUUUCAAUUGGGAAGCUGGGAGCAACUAGACGAAAUGAACAAAAGAUUAGAAGAAAAAGUUUGUAUCACCAGCGAAGUUCGUGUAGAUGAUAGUGACCGUCGGGGAGAUGAAGGAACAUCUGAAGGAGACGCAGAAUCAUCUUUCAUAGGCGACGAAUUACCACCCGAUGACGGAGUUGAACCCAGUCCGCUGAACGAUGGAUCUCGUCGUGGAGACGGAGUCUAACUGAAUAGCACAAAACUUGAAUAAAAAUCAACAUUUGAACAAACUCUCCACGAACAUCGAAAAAUUGCUUUUUCUUGACCCAUAUUAUGGAAACCAGGGUUAAUACUUUUUAUUAAUUUCAUAUAAUAUACCCACAGAGUGUUCAAACACCUGACAUUUUUCACUUGUCUACAUGGUAUAUGUUUCUUUAAUUUUUCUCCAUAUAUCAAUCCUUACUAUCUGCUACAAAGCUAGUUGAUCAUGUACCUGAAAAAAUGAUUUUAGUUUGAAGGAUGUAUCAUCAUCUUCCAACUAUCUGCCUGGUAGGCUGAAAUUUUAAGAGAAUAUUUGGCAAAGAAUAAUAAAAUGAAAAUGUAAAGCCUGACUAACAAUAGUAUUUCAAUAAAUUAAUUUUCCUACACAGCUCUUGGUUUCUGUGUAACGAUUGUUGCCAACAACGGACGACUAGAAAGAUUAACAAUUUAUGGAUGAUAUAUCAUUUGUUAAAGUUAAUUUUUCCCUGUAUUUGGCAAUCAGGUUCAUGUUGUAGGCAAUUGAUGGGAUUUAUGAUAUACAUAUACAUUCGUGCAGAAUACCCUGGACUUAAAAUGAUUGUUUCCAUUUGUGCGUUGAUCGUGCAUUUAAACCAAUCACACCAGACGACUCUGUGAAAAAUAUGCUUCCAACACCCAUGAAUAGUCUUUAUUAUUCGUAAUAUAUACCAAAUAAAUCUUGAUUGUGACUAUGUAAUAACGUUUGGCAAUAACUCGUCUAUAAAAAUUCUGAACCGGACUGCCGUGGAGUAGUUUGUAAAGUUAUGCGCGGCAUUUCGACUGGUGAUAUACCGGUGGACAAAAUCUUUUUUGUUCGACAACGAUCAAAUUCAAUCCACCAAUUUUGAAUAUAUAUAUGUUAUGUAUGAUUCAACUAUCACAACCAUCCGGCUUCACACUUUGCAAAAUUUGUAUUUGUUUUUGUCAUAUUGAACAGUUUGUUACUAAUGCGUUUGUUUUCACAAUAUCCGUCUCAUCAGUGUAAAUUUCACCAUCUUCAAUAAACUGCUUUGCUAUAUGUAUA